CACAAGUUACCUUUUUCAUUGCUACGUAUAUAAAUAAGGCUCACUACAAGAAUGAAUCAAGGGUUUAUUCUGGUUCUUGGAUUGAUCUCAUACUUGUUGUCAUUCAUUGACAGAGUUCAUCUUGUACAAGAAACCUUACCUGUGACAAUUCACCGUAAAUGGUAUAAAGAUAAACUGYCGGGAGACAUGUUAGGGUUUUUCUUCAACUCUGGAAAGUACUUAGUAUGUGAUACUACAGAAAAGCAAGAACCAAAAUCCUGGUUAAGAACUGACUUUAUUGAAUUCAAUGGCGCUAAGCGUGCGUUCAUUUACAUUAGUUACACCAUCAGAAAAUGUAAAUCAAACUCUAAAUACUGCAAAGAACAGUUUAAACUUUACACAGCGCAAACUAGCAAGCCUGCAUCAAGUCCUAAACCUCCAAAUGGAUUUGAGGAAAUUGCAGUUGCAAAGCCUAAAAACCUCAGAGAUAGAGCACCUGAUGAAAAGGACGUUAUUGUGUUGAAUGCAACAAUCAAAGCAAAGAUGGGUGGAUUUUAUCUGGCUUUGUUGGAUCAAGGUGUAUGUCUCACAUUGUACAGCAUCAAAGUAAUGUACUACGUCUGUCCUGAAAGAGGAAAAUAUCUUGAUUUAAUCAAGUUUCCUAAAACCAUAUCUCCAGCUGAAGACAUUGUAGGAUCUCAGGGUCAAGUCCACGGAUCUUGCUCUGAUUCAAAUGCUAAAAAUAAAACUGAAUUACUGGGUGUUUGCACAACCAAAGGAGUGUGGAAGGUGAAUAGUGACGUCAGGUGUCUGUGCAAACCUGGUCAUGAGUACUUACCAACUCCUAGAGCACACUGUGCAGAAUGUGGCCAUGGCCAGUACAAGACUUCUCUUAACAACAGCAAGUGUAAGAUAUGUCCAAAUGGUUCUUACUCUUUUGGACGAAACACAAUGUGCGUGUGUCAUCCAGGGUUGUUUAGGAUGAAUGAAAAUAAAUAUGAUGAGCCAUGUUACGAGAAGUAUCAAAAGGCGGACACAAUUGCUACAACUGCAUGCCCAGGUUUGGAUCUUGACGAUCUUGUUGUUGUUGUUAAUUUCCUAACUGGACAUGAAAACAAAGAAAAUCGAAGGAAAAGAACAAAAGUCGAGCAUGACAUGGUUGACAUGAAUAAAAUGCGUCAAGAGUGUCCUACAGAAGAUCAACAAGUUGUCCAUCAGUGCGAGUUGGUUAAUGAUAAAGAACAGGGAGGUCCUAACAAUUCCAUCUACCAGUCAGUCAAUCCUCACACGGAUACUUACACUUCACUUAGUCCAGACACCAAGCUUCCUCCUAAGCCUGCCAUAAGCAAGACCACCGAUGUGGUUUACCAGGAAAUACAAGGUCAUCCUCAAAAGUACCAGUCACUCGAAAACUUCAGUCGUAUCUAA